AUGCUCGACCUCCGAGGACUUACACCUGCCCCAGUCACUCCCUUUUUGCCAAAUGGUGAUGUUGACUACCCAGCAAUUUACCGCCUUGGGUCGUGGCUUGGGAGCAUUGAUGGCGUGAAGGGCCUCGUUGUUCUCGGCCACGCUGGCGAGGGUACUUUUCUCACUCAAGAUGAGCAGGCAGAUGUGAUCCGUGCCUUUGUCAAAUCGGUCGAUAACAAGAUUCCCAUCAUUGCCGGUAUCACUGGGGAAGGCACCGAAGUCGCUGCUUUGGAAGCUAAGCGUGCAGUAGAAGCUGGCGCACAGGCUGGUCUCCUAUACCCAUCCCACGGCUGGUUGCGAUUUGGAUACCAACCUGGCGCUCCCCAGGAUCGUUAUCGACGGGUCUAUGAGGUCAGCAAGCUACCUCUCAUUCUUUUCCAAUAUCCCGACAACACCAAGGCCACAUACAACCUCCAGACAAUGCUUGAUAUCAGUGCCCUCCCCGGGGUAUUCGCCAUGAAGAAUGGUGUUCGCAACAUGCGUAGAUGGGACACUGAAAUCCCUGUCAUCCGAGCCGAGCGCCCAGAACUCCAGAUCUUGACAUGCCACGACGAAUAUCUCUUGCACACUGCAUUUGAUGUUGAUGGCAUGCUAGUUGGAUAUGGCAACAUCGCGCCAGAACUUCUCCUCGAGUUGAUCAGUGCCGGCAAGGCACGAGACUACCCAAGAGCUCGCGCUGCUCAUGACAAACUCCUCCCAGUCACGAAAGCCGUCUAUCAUCGUGGCUCUCAUAUGGAGGGUACCGUGGCCUUGAAGCAUGCACUCGUCGCUCGAGGAAUCCUCAAUGACGCCACUGUCCGGUCACCAUUGCUGCCCUUGCCAGAAGGUGCCGAGCAAGAGAUUCACGCUGCUGUUGCAGCUGCAGCUCUCUCCGUUGUUGGAACUGCUGGUAAAGCGUCCAAACAGGCGGCACCCCUGCCUAAGGCGAUGCAGUCAAACGGAACCAACGGUACGCUGGAAAACGGUCACUCAAAUGGAGUUGCUGUUACUGCUUAA